AUGCUUAAACUAUAAGAGAAGAAGAAAAUUAUAGAAAUCUUAAAUAAUCCAAUUUCUUAUUGUAAUAGACCUACUAAAAGCUCCUCUACAUACAACCCUUAACCUAUAGAGUAGUUAGUCUUUAACCGAAGCUUGCUUAGAGUCUACGGAUAUUAAAAACCACAGUCCCAACAGAGAAAUAGAAGAAAAUUUAAUUUGAGUUAGUUAGAAGGAACCCAAGAUAUUGAAAACAAUAAAUAAAUUGUAGAAUUAUUAAAACGAGACUACUCAACAAAAUCCAAUAUUGAAAAAUAAUCAUCUUUCAAAAAAGAACAGUUAGAAAAAAGAUGCAACACUACAACAAAUAAUAAGUUCUUUUAAUUGAAUGCAAUGAUCAAAAAUAAGAGGAACACUAAUAUUUCAAGAGUUGUUGAGUAAUAAAACGAUAGCCAAAAAUAAAGAUAUUAGAUGCUUCAUCUGAAUUUUAUUAAGACCUAAAAAUAAUAUUAGAAUAUUUAUGGAAUACCUUUAUCUGAAUUUCUUAUAGAGCAUAAAUUUUUGACCUUAAUUCAUUAGCAAUUAUUGAUAAUUUUAUUGAUGAUCUUCUAAAUAGAUUGCACUAAUAUUUAUGAAGUAAUAACUUAUAAAUAAUAUAAACUCUUUAAAUAAGUGAUAGUUUGGAAAGAUUUAUCAAUUAUUGAAUUAGUUGAUAAAAUAUCAUAGAUUUUUGAAAAUAUUAGUGGAGGAGAUUUGCUUAAUAUCAUACAUUUAAUGGCUUAAAUUUAACCUUACAAAUACAAUGGUAGGUAAAAAUUAAAUAGAGAUAUGCAAUUAUUAAAUAAAACUAUUUAAGAUUUAGAAUAUAAAUGUAUAGAACAUGUUUUAUAAUAAGGAAAUUUAAAUAUGCAAAUUGAUAUUACAAAAUUAAAAAAACUAUUUUAUAAUUAAAUUAUUAAUAUUAAUACAUUUAUCGACUUAUUAUCCGGAUAAUUUUGA